UGGGAAAGGGCGCCGAAUUCGAAGUGCUUACAAGCUCUUCCUGGGUGGGUUGCUAAGGCCCAAAUGCUCGUCUUUGGGAAAGGAAAGAGGAGUUUUUCCUUUCCCUCUUUCUUUCUUUCUUUUUUUUUUUUGUAGGAAAGCAAAUUCGUAAACUUGGAGGUAGCAAUAGUUAGGAUUCAGGCCAAACUGGUAGAAGACGAAGGGCGUCUUCCAAAACCAAGGAGAAAGGGUUGGCCGGCAGAUAAUCACCAGGAUGGGAGUGAAUGACUUGUGGCAAAUUCUGGAGCCUGUUAAGCAACACAGCCACCUGCAUAGUCUUGGUGGGAAAACCAUUGCAGUUGAUCUGAGUCUCUGGGUUUGUGAAGCACAGACAGUCAAAAAAAUGAUCGGAACAGUCAUGAAGCCCCACCUCAGGAACUUAUUUUUUCGUAUCUCAUAUUUAACGCUAAUGGAUGUGAAACUAGUGUUUGUUAUGGAAGGGGAACCGCCAAGGCUGAAAGCUGAUGUUAUAAGCAAAAGGAAUCAGAUGCGGUAUGGGCCUUCGGGAAAAACAUGGCCUCAGAGAACAGGAAGAUCACAUUUUAAAUCAGUUUUAAGAGAGUGUCUUGAUAUGCUGGAAUGCUUAGGAAUUCCCUGGGUCCAGGCUGCUGGGGAAGCUGAAGCCAUGUGUGCUUAUCUCAAUGCCCAUGGUUAUGUAGACGGCUGCCUCACCAAUGAUGGAGAUGCUUUCCUUUACGGAGCCCAGACUGUUUAUCGCAAUUUCACCAUGAAUACCAAGGACCCACAUGUUGACUGUUAUACAAUGUCAUCUAUCAAGAGUAAACUAGGUUUGGAUAGAGAUGCUCUGGUUGGACUAGCAAUACUACUGGGCUGUGAUUAUCUUCCAAAAGGAGUCCCUGGAGUUGGAAAGGAGCAAGCGUUAAAACUUAUACAGAUUGUGAAAGGGCAAAGUUUACUUCAGAGGUUUACUCAGUGGAAUGAAAAAUCUUGUUACUCUAAUCCCCAACCGCUGGUUAAUAAAAAACCAGCUCAUUGCUCUGUGUGUUCCCAUCCAGGUUCACCUAAGGAUCAUGAACGUAAUGGAUGCAAAUUAUGUAAAACUGAUCAAUACUGUGAACCACAUGAUUAUGAAUACUGUUGUCCUUGUGAGUGGCACUGUACAGAAUAUGAUAGACAACUAAAUGCAGUAGAGAACAGUAUUAAGAAAAAAGCCUGCAAUUGUGAGGGAUUCCCAUUCUAUGAGGUUAUUCAAGAAUUCCUUUUGAACAAGGAUAAAUUGGUGAAGACAAUCAGGUACCAAAGACCUUAUUUAUUAUUGUUUCAGAGAUAUACUCUUGAAAAAAUGGAGUGGCCCAAUCCCUAUGCAUGUGAGAAGCUUCUGGUGCUUUUGACCCACUAUGACAUGAUAGAAAGGAAGCACGGCAGAAGGAACUCUUACCAACUACAGCCAGUUCGAAUUGUUAAAACCCGGAUCAGAAAUGGAGUUCGUUGCUUUGAAAUAGAAUGGGAAAAGCCUGAGCAUUAUGCUAUAGAAGAUACACAUGGAGAACUGGUUCUACAAACAACAGAAAGAGAAUCAUUGUUUGAAGCAGCUUAUCCUGAGAUUGUUGCUGUUUACCAAAAACAAAACUUAGAAAUUAAAGGGAAGAAACAGAAGAAUAUGAAAAUUAAACCUAAAGGAAACAAUUUGCUAGAAUCAGAUGAUAUGAUGUAUUUUCAGUCACACAUGAGUUUAAAACCCACAUGUGAAAUCUUUUCUAAGCAGAAUUCCAAGUUAAAUUUGGAAAUUUUUCCUGAUUCUCCAUCACCCCAGGAAUCUAAAGCUGUGUUGUCGAAUAGCUUGCUUUUACCUGAAGACAUUCCCUGUGUGAAUAUACAACGGUUAAUGUCUCCAAGACCUUUGGCUAUGCAGCAAAUUAAAACUGUCAGUAAAUCUCUAAUCUCAGAAUCUAGUCAAACCAAUACCUCAUCCCAUAAUACAGCAGCGAUUGCUGAUCUACACUUGAGCACCAUUGACUGGGAAGGUACUUCUUUUAGUAAAUCUCCAGCUAUCCCAAGGAACACUUUCCCUCAUGAUUUAAAAUCAGAAUUUGAAACAGCCAUCCCUGAUAACUUUAAAAAUAACCCAGAACAAUUGUCAGGUGAAUCAAAAUGGUGCACCACAAACAUUAAUAAAGUAUUGGAUCGGGAUCUUCAAAAGACUAAUUCUGAAGAACAUCUACUUUCUGGCAUCACUGAUUUACACCUUCAGGAUUUGCCUUUAAAGGAACGAAUACAUGUGAAACCAUUAUGUCUUCAGGAUAAUGUACAAGCAGAUGUUGACCUAAAAACUCUGUCCCUACUUACCGCAGAAGAAUCUUGUAUUACUAACAGUAGUUCUGAUGGUCAGUCACAUCUCUCAAAGGAUCUUCCAGGAGUUCAUUUGCAAAAUGAAUCUAGAAACUCUGAAGUUCUAAAAGGAGACCAGCUGUUUCAGAAUUAUAAAGUGAAUACUUAUAUACCUUUUUCUGUCAAGAACCCAAUAGUAAAAACCCCCAGCAUUGGAAUGGGACCAUCAAAUACUUCUUUAAAUCAUAGUAGAAAAGUUGAUGUGCAAACUGCUCAGAAAAUUGUAAUGAAGACAAGCAUUUGCCUCGAUAGACAUUCCUCUGAAGAAAAAAGUGUCCCCGUAUUGGAGAAAGCUAAGUGUUCAACUCAGAAAAUGAAGCAGAGCUCUUGGAAGCAUUACGCAGCCCGAUUCAAGAAAAAUGACACCAACAAAUUGAGUAACUCGAAGAUACAUGUUAAAGAAACUGAACAGUGUGUUCAGGCACAUAAAACAGAUGGAAAUGAAGAAAAGUGUUACCCAGAUGCAGCAAAAGGUUCUCUGAGGUUUCUGCAGCAUCAUAACGGAAAAGAUGACUCUAAUAAUUACUUAGAUAGUCCCCUCCCUUUGUGCCAGAGAUUAAAGCUAAGGUUUCAAAACACUUGAAAUGAAACUUAAUAUAUUUAAGUAUAUGUUAUUAUUUUAGUACUGUCGGCCUUAACAAAGGCAGAGGGAAGAUAUCUAGUUAAUGGUUAGUAGAAAAAUGUAAUGUAGUUCUAAAUCUCAUGGGACACUUUUGCCACUUUAAUUAAAAUUGUAGUUUAAAAAUAUUACCUAAAACUGCAGUUUUAAAGGAUGAUUCUUGUGAAAACUUAAGAAAAUAUGUGUUUUAAAAAUAUUCUUUUGCUGUUUUUCGUAUCUCUAUUGAUUCUUCUUUAGUUGUAGCUUUAAAGUGUUAGUACAGUUCUAGAUAGAAUAAAUCCUUUGGCACAUUUUUACUCAUUUCUUCUACAAGCUUCUAAAGUACUUGUUUAUAUUACAGCUUGUUCCCAAGAGUAUAACUUUUUGUGAUUGUCUACACUCUCACAAUGUUUUCUAUGGUGCCUUUCCUGCCAGUUAUAUUUUCUUUUAAUGUGAAGAUACUUUUAAGUAUGCUCUUCCAGUUUGAUGACAUUAUUCUCUUUUGUGAGGGACCAAGAUGGAAAAAGAGGCAGCUGAUCAAUGUAUGUAAUAAAAAUGAUGGUUGUAAUAGCUGAACAAACUGAGGAAAGCAACUCCUUACAUAUCCCCAGAAGUUCACAGGCAUGCCCAGUGGAAGACUUGGAAGAUAGAAGGCAUAACCAGAUGAAAAUUAGAAAUUUCCAGAGAAUCACAUAAUUAAUUAAUGGUAUGGGAUUUCUUGCUUCCUAAUGCCCUGGUUUUUCUGUUUUCUUUUUCUCUUAUAGCACAUUUUUCUUUUCCUUUUUAAAAUAUGAAUCUAUAUAAUAUUGACUUCAAUACCUCCAAAUAUUAAGUUGUGUACUCAUUUAUUUAGCACUCAAAAAGUCUGGAAGCAACCAGAUUGGAAAGGAAAAGGUAAAACUGUCACUCUUUGCAGAUGACAGAUCUUCUAUAUACAGAAUUCUAAGAAAGCCAUUAAAAACUAUUAGAACUGAUAAAUGAAUUCAGCAAGGUUGCAGGAUACAAGAUCAACGUACAAACAUCAGUUGUAUUUCUAAGCAUCCACGGUGAAUAAUACCAAAUGAAAUGAAGAAAAUUCCAUCUACAACAUCAAAAAGAAUAAAAUUAAAUAAAUAUAACAAAAUAAAUGCA